CAACACGUGGAUGUCUAAAAACUUGGCCCGUGUAUCAAGUUAUGCUGAAAGGGAUGUGCAUAACGCCGAUGAAACGGCGCUAUUCUAUCAAAUGCUGCCUGGCAAAACGCACGCUAUGAAGGGUGACAAAUGUGCUGGCGGCAAGCACAGCAAAGUUCGCAUAACUGUGCUUUUGUGCACCAACAUGGAUGGAAGCGAUCGAUGCUUGCCAUUUGUCAUCGGUAAAUCAAAGAGGCCACGUUGCUUCCGCACAUAUGUACCAGUGCGUUACAGGCAUAACUCUGAAGUCGUGGAUGACACGUGAGUUGUUCGCGGAAUGGCUUAUUGACUUUGACAGCAGCAUGGCGAAGAAAGGGCGCAAAGUUCUUCUGAUUCUCGACAACUAUACCACCCACCAUGUCCAAGCUGUCUUAACGGCAGUUGAGUUGCUUUUUCUGCCGCCAAAUGUAACUUCAAAAGCGCAACCGCUGGACAUGGGUGUAAUACGGCCGUUUAAAGCGGCCUACAGGCGCCGUGUUGUGCAGCGGAUGCUGAUUGCAGUUGAUCGCCCCGCUGCCAAUGUGCCUCUGCAGGUCUCGCUGUAUUCGGCGAUAGAAAUGAUCAAAGCGGCGUGGAUAGAAGUGACACCCGAAUGCAUCCGGAAUUGUUUUCGCAAGGCCGGCUUCGUUUACGCACCUGAAGCAGGCAUUGAAGACACUGAACAAAGCCAGCCUGACGACGACUUGUGGCGACGCGUUGUUGACGCUAACCUGGCCGGCUGCGAUCUUGACUGGCAAGAUUUUGUUGAUGUGGAUGACGCUGCUGAAGUUGCCGAGUCGUUUUGCGACGAGACCGCCAUCCGGGAAGUGCGGGCAUCAAGCGACGCCGUAGCAUCGGACGAUGACAACGAUCCGUCGGAGCCAGCACCCGUAAGCGCGACCACAGCAGUGAGCCAUAUUGAGGCACUUAGAAAUCUUGUGUAUUUUAAGGCCUUGGGUGACGAACACAUCGCAGCUUUGAACAAGCUUGAAACCGCCGUCAUUGGGUGUGCUCUGACGAGGCAGACAACGAUCACCGAUUUUUUUUCUCAAUAAAUUUUUGUUUUGA